AUGCCUGAUCCGGUGGACAAGGAGCUUCAGCCCUCUGAUACCCAAGCUGCUUCUCUCUCCCCCACAAAUUUCGAAAAGUCCAGCGACUCAGAUGAGGACAAGAUAAGGGAGUUUGGAGAAAAGGACGCCGAAAGAAGCGAGAAAAUUGAUGAAAUCAGUGAGAAAGAUGGAUCAAGGCUUGCAGAUCUCGAGGAAAUCAAGACUGGCGCAACUGAAGCUUCAGCAAUUACAGCGACAGCAUCAGGAACUCAAGCUCAACAGAAGAAGCCAUGGCAUAAGAAAUUGAAUCCUCUCCGCUGGGGCUCGCCACCUCCAGUUCCUGAAAAGCCAGUGCAGAGUAGGGAACAUGAUGCUGGUUUCCUCAGCAAGUUAACAUUCCAAUGGAUGGGACCGUUGAUGCAUGCUGGCUACCGAAGACCCCUGGAAGAGAAUGACAUCUGGACUGUCAAUCCGGACAGAGCCGUGGAGCCACUGACUCUUCAAAUGAAAGCAUCGUUCCAGAAACGAGUUGAAAGAGGCGAGAAGCACCCCCUAUUCUGGGCUAUGCACGAGACUUUUAAGGGGGAGUUUUGGACGGGAGGCGCAUGUGCCCUCUACACCAGCAUCAUUCAGGUCAUCAGUCCAUUCACCCUUCGAUACCUCAUCCAAUUCGCUGCCGAUGCGUAUGUAGCGAACAAGACUGGUGGGCCUCCGCCCCAUCUUGGUAAGGGUAUCGGCCUGGCCUUUGGCAUCACACUGAUGCAAAUCACCCAGAGUUUGGGAACAAACCACUACAUCUACCGAGGCAUGACAGUUGGUGGUCAGAGCAGAGCAGUUUUGAUUGGGCUUAUCUACGAGAAGUCGUUGGUCAUCUCUGGCCGCGCCAAAGCCGAGGGUGCUUUACAGAGCAACGCGCCUGGUGCAAAAGACGAUGCUGAAGAUAAGAAGAAGGCCAAGAAAGCCAAAAAGGCGAAGCCCGAUGCGUCAGAUGGUACAGGCUGGGGAAACGGUCGCAUCACUGCUCUGCAGAGUGUCGACACGUAUCGUGUCGAUCAGGCAUCUGCUCUCUUCCAUAUGGUAUGGACGUCUCCUAUCUUAUGUCUCCUCACUCUAGCACUCCUGCUCGUCAAUAUUACCUACAGCGCCCUGGCCGGUUACGGUUUGCUUGUUAUUGGAAUGCCGUUCUUGACGAAAGCCAUUCGAAGUUUGUUUCACCGGCGACGAGCGAUCAAUCUAAUCACCGAUCAACGUGUGUCUCUUACCCAGGAAAUUCUGCAGUCAGUCCGCUUUGUCAAGUUUUUUGGAUGGGAGAAGGCUUUCCUCGAACGUCUCGGUGAUUUCAGAAAUAAGGAAAUCCACGCCAUUCAGAUCUUGCUUGCCAUUCGAAACGCACUCAAUGCCGUCAGCAUGUCACUCCCCAUCUUCGCCUCCAUGCUGUCCUUCAUCUGCUACUCCCUCACGCAUAGCGGUCUUACGGCUGCCGAGGUUUUCUCCUCACUGGCCUUGUUCAACGGUCUCAGAAUUCCUCUGAAUUUGUUGCCUAUGGUUUUGGGCCAGGUAAUUGAUGCGUGGGGCUCUGUUCAGCGAAUUGAAGAGUUUCUGCUUCAGGAAGAGAUGGUCGAAGAUAUGACAAUUGACACCACAGGUGAUGAUGCGAUCCGACUGGAAGGCGCCUCUUUUACUUGGGAAAAGUCCCACAAGGAAGAGUCUGAGAAGAGCGAGAAGGACAAGAAGCACACCCAGGCUCAAAUCCCUCAGCACGAACCUUCGGGUGAUGACACAAGCACUUUGGUCGAGGAGCGAGAGCCUUUCAAGCUUCAAGAUCUCAGCUUUGAGGUAAAGAGGAACGAGCUUGUUGCUGUCAUCGGAUCAGUUGGUAGUGGGAAGAGUUCUCUACUGUCUGCACUCGCUGGCGAUAUGAGGAAGACAGAUGGCCACGUUACCUUCGGUGCAUCUAGAGCCUUCUGUCCUCAAUAUGCUUGGAUUCAGAACACCACUCUCAAGAACAACAUCAUAUUUGGUAAAGACAUGGACAAGAAUUGGUACAAAGAAGUCAUUCAAGCCUGCGCGCUCCAGGCAGAUCUCGAUAUGCUUCCCAAUGGCGAUAUGACGGAAAUCGGCGAACGUGGUAUUACCAUCUCUGGAGGUCAGAAGCAGCGUCUCAAUAUCGCCCGAGCCAUCUACUUCGACGCCGAUAUCGUUCUCAUGGACGACCCCCUCAGCGCUGUUGACGCUCAUGUUGGCCGUCAUAUCUUCGAUAAUGCCAUUCUUGGUCUCCUCAAGGAUAAGUGUCGCAUCCUUGCCACCCACCAGCUCUGGGUACUCAGCCGCUGUGAUCGCAUCAUUUGGAUGGAGAACGGCAAGAUUCAAGCCGUUGACACGUUCGAGAAACUCAUGAAGGACCAUAAAGGAUUCCAGUCUCUGAUGGAGACAACUGCCGUUGAGGAAAAGCGAGAAGAAGCCACCAAACCCGACGAUGGCGAACAACCCACAGCGGACGAGAAAAAGAAGAAGAAGAAAAAGGGGGCUGCCUUGAUGACCCAAGAAGAAAAGGCCAGCUCGAGUGUCUCGUGGUCUGUCUACGCUGCCUAUGUCAGGGCAUCUGGUUCUAUAUUGAACGCUCCGCUGGUGCUAUUCCUCCUGAUUGUCUCUCAGGGAGCCAAUAUCGUGACAAGUCUUUGGUUGUCAUAUUGGACUUCGAACAAGUUCAACCUCUCUACGGGUGUCUACAUCGCGAUCUACGCAGCACUUGGUGUCGUGCAGGCUCUCCUCAUGUUCGCCUUCUCCGUGGUCCUGUCCAUCCUGGGAACGAAAUCGAGUAAAGUCAUGCUUAGGAUCGCUGUUACUCGCGUCCUUCGUGCACCUAUGUCCUUCUUUGAUACGACACCACUUGGACGCAUCACGAACCGCUUUUCACGGGACGUUGAUGUUAUGGACAACAAUCUUUCAGACGCACUUCGCAUGUUUAUGUUGACCAUGGGUAUGAUCACAUCUGUGUUCAUACUCAUCAUUGCGUUCUACUACUAUUUUGUGAUCGCCUUGGUUCCCCUGUACACUGCAUUUGUCACAGCAGCGAUGUACUACCGUGCUUCGGCACGAGAGGUCAAGCGUUUCGAAUCCGUCCUCAGAUCGCACGUCUUUGCCAAGUUUGGCGAGGGCCUCACAGGUGUUGCGUCAAUUCGAGCCUAUGGACUGCAGGAUCGCUUCAUUAAUGAACUGCGUGAAUCAAUCGACAACAUGAACGGCGCUUACUACAUUACCUUCGCUAAUCAGCGGUGGCUCUCAAUGCGAAUCGAUCUCAUCGGUGUACUUCUUGUCUUUGUGACAGCCAUCCUUGUUGUUACGUCCCGUUUCUCGAUCAAUCCUUCCACUGGUGGCCUUGUUCUGAGUUACAUCCUCUCGAUUGUUGGCAUGAUGCAAUUUUCUGUCCGCCAACUUGCUGAAGUCGAGAAUGCUAUGAAUGCCGUGGAGAGACUUUACUACUAUGGUACUGAACUUGAAGAGGAGGCCCCUUCACAUACCGUCGAAGUUCGGAAAACGUGGCCCGAGAAGGGUGAGAUUGUCUUCGAUAACGUCGAGAUGCGAUAUCGUGCUGGCCUCCCACUUGUCCUUUCAGGAUUGUCGAUGCAUGUCAAGGGCGGCGAGCGCAUUGGUAUCGUUGGGCGUACUGGUGCUGGAAAGAGUUCUAUCAUGAGCACUUUGUUCCGUCUCGUGGAGAUCUCUGGCGGCAAGAUUACCAUCGAUGGCCUCGAUAUUUCCACCCUUGGACUUCACGAUCUCCGAUCCCGACUCGCAAUUAUACCACAGGAUCCCACUCUCUUCCGAGGAACUGUCCGCAGCAACCUCGAUCCUUUCCAUGAACAUACUGAUCUCGCACUCUGGUCUGCUCUCCGCCAAGCGGAUCUCGUUCCUGCCAACGCUGCAUCGCCCGAAGAAGCACGCCGUACAAACGAUCCCUCACGUAUACAUCUAGACACCCCUGUCGAGGAAGACGGCCUCAACUUCUCACUUGGUCAAAGACAGCUCAUGGCACUCGCACGAGCUCUUGUCCGAGGCGCCCAGAUCAUCGUUUGCGACGAGGCCACUUCCUCGGUGGAUAUGGAGACAGACGAUAAGAUCCAGGCUACCAUGGCAGUUGGUUUCCGCGGCAAAACACUACUGUGCAUCGCUCAUCGACUGCGAACCAUCAUUGGCUACGAUCGCAUCUGUGUCAUGGAUGCAGGACGUAUCGCUGAGCUGGAUACACCAAUGGAACUGUGGAGAAGAGGCGGUAUCUUUCGCAGCAUGUGUGAUCGCAGUGGUAUCAGGGUUGAAGAUAUACAUGGUGCGAAAGAAGAAAUGGGUCUGGUGAUAGGAGAAAGCAGCCAACAGUGA